CCUUUGAUCUGGCCAGGCCUAGUUUCGGAACUAUUUGGGCCAAAUUACAGUUAUUUAAACGUCGCCGUUUACAACCAGCCAAAAAUACAAACAAAGCGAUUCGUCAAGGGGCCAGAAUUCAAAACUCCAGAGAAAGUCUAGUAUCCUUUCCAUGGCACCACCGCAAGAUACCCGCCGUCCGUUCAAGAGACUAGCGAUCUCCGAUCAACAGCGCCGUCGAGACAUAAGUCUACAGAGGCAAGCACAGAGCCGCCGAGACGCUCAACAUCAAGCUCGAUGCUUAGCCUCUACUGUCCUCUCUCUCCAACACCAAACCACCCCUGAACCCGAAUCGAAUAUCGAGCUUGAACUCGUACCCGAAUCCGAAGAAUCUGGAGCUUCAUCACAAGACCUCGAUGUCCGUCACGCAGCGAGGCUUAAAGGAGCCGAAGCUCGCAAAUGGUUCGCUAAACAGUUGAUGCUACAUGAGUGGAUGAUUGAUGUCCCCGAUCGAUUAAGCGACGACUGGUAUGUGUUUGCAAGGCCAGCCGGAAAACGGUGUUUUGUGGUGUCAACAAACGGAACGACUGUCAGUAGGCAGCGAAAUGGAUCAAUACUGCAUCGUUUUCCUUCUGCUUUACCUAACGGAGCGAAGAAAAGAGACGGUUCUGGUCCUAAUCAGUCUUAUUGUAUACUAGACUGCAUUUUUCACGAGUUGGAUCAGACAUAUUAUGUGAUUGAUAUGGUGUGUUGGAGGGGAUAUUCACUAUAUGAUUGUGCGGCAGAAUUCCGGUUUUUUUGGUUGAAUUCUAAGCUUGGAGAGACUGGAGCUUGUGACCCUCCUUCCUUCUAUCACAAGUACAGGUUCAGUACCGUUCCAGUUUAUAAUUGUGAUCAGAAUGGUUUGUUCUCUGCAUAUUCAGGAGAUGUGCCGUAUGUUAAGGAUGGAUUGUUGUUUUAUAACAAGCAUGCACAUUAUCAGACAGGAAAUACACCACUAGCAUUAGUCUGGAAGGAUCAGAACUGUAGCCAAUAUGUCAUUGACACUGACAAUAAAGGAGAGGUUCCAACCCAGCAACAGGUAGUUUUGGAGCUACAAGAUGAUGGAAAACUGGUUACAUCAGAUGAUCCUCCUGUGGUAUUUGGCUGCUUGGAUUCAGAUUUUAUCCAAAAGUCAGGACUGUGCUCAGGAAAUCUUCUGCGUUUUGCUAUUAGUGAUGGUGGGCUGAGUUCUGUGGAUGGGAAGCUUGUGAAGGCUGACUUACAUUAUCUCGAAAAGCCCAAUCGAGCACGUGCAUUUGCAGAUAGUUACUCCAAGCAAAAUCCACUUGCAGAUCAUGUUCCAGCACACUGUCCGGCACUGCCCUUUAAAAAUAGAUGAUCUACUCGCAUCUAUUUCCUCACCAGACGAUCAACAAAACAGACCUUGUGACAUUGAGAUGGUUAGCUGAUUGUGAUUGUUCAUGAUAGCAAAGGGAAGACUCAUGCUUCCCGAGCCUAAUUAUACAAUGCGGUGCAUAAUUCAUGAGAAGGGCUCCAUCAGUUCCAUGUCAGGACCUUCUCCAAUCCAUUCAGCUGCCUGUAGAGAGACACGUAUUGAAGCAAGUCCUCAUCUAUCGGCUCAGGGUUUUCUCUUGCAUCUAGUUUGGCAAUAUAGGGGCAACUGCACAACUGCCAAGGAGUACGAGGCUCGACAACUCCCUACAAUAUAUUGUGUACAAAUGUGGUUUAAUCUUGUUAAAUCAUAUUUCUUUUCCCGUGUAAUUUUGAAACCGGCAGUCAUGCCUUCUGUAAUGUUAAGAUAGUCUUUAUCUAUAUGAGAUUUGAAAUUCUUACUUGCUGUUUCAA